AUGGCAUCUGCACUGUAUCGAGUUUUGGUUAAUUCGGCUGAUCGUUACGUGCCCAGCAAACUGCGUCCACUGUGGGAACAUCCAGCUGGACCAAAAACAAUUUUCUUUUGGGCGCCAGCAAUGAAAUGGAGCCUUGUUAUUGCUGGCCUUGCUGACAUCACACGACCAGUUGAAAAGCUUUCUGUUUCUCAAACAACAUCUCUGGCAGCUACUGGACUUGUUUGGUCUCGAUACUCACUGGUUAUUAUUCCUAAAAACUACCCACUUUUUUCAGUCAAUUUCUUUGUUGCGCUCACCAAUGUUGGCCAGCUCAUUCGUAUUGCUACAUCUGGAAAAUCGAAUAAAACGGAAGAAACUUCGCAACCAACAGCAAUUGAAACAGUGCCUAUCAAUGCGGCUAACUGA